CGUUUUUAAUGUCCAGGUCAUGGCAACACAACCGCUAUUCACCGAUCAGUCUUUAUUGGUUUUCAGAAAUUAGUAAAUUGGUUUAUUGAAGGCUUCACUUGGCACGUAUUCGCUUGGAUUUCCUUACGCUCAAGCUGCUCAGUCUUCACGUUGUGUUAUGCGACCAAAAUAGAUCGAAGUGCGUGUGUGUGUUGUUACCAAAGGAGUUGUGUUCUUUAAACUUCGAACGCCACCGACAUCUUUAUGUUUUUCAUCUCGCCGAAUUAUAAAUAGUUGUGUGUCGUUUGUUGGUGCCAUAAUGAAUUCCACACAGGGCCAUGGGAGGGAAAAAGUACGGGAGCUGGGAGAGGCAUCAACGAAAAGCCAGCAAAGCGGAACUUUCAAAGUGCCGUUAAAGCUGUUCCCAUCUGCUAAGCUUACACUUACACAUUCACAGGCUUAACUUAAAAGGCGUAGUGCGCUGCUUAAAUUAUCGACUUUGACUGGUGUUUCAAAAUAUAUGGAUCUCAUUGGGGAUAGAGCGUUUCUGAAAUUUUAUGUUUUGUGUUCCGAUUAAGAUAAACCAAAAAAUUACAUGUCUGGCUCUUUAGAUUCUAACCAAGUUAGACCAAUUGAAACGUUUUUAUUCCUUCUGGAGGUCAACCACUAACAUAUUACGGCUAAGAAGUGUGAAUUGCAUGAAUAACUAAGUCCAAUGCUUUUUAUACAACAGGCUCAGUUUUCAUGGAUCGCAGUCUGGACUCUAUUGGCAGCUGUUCACUGGAUGUAGACGCCGACUCCUCCGAUAUAUCAGAUACCAGUGGGAGCCUGAACUUCCCAACGCCGCUGUCAGUAAGGGACAUAACACGCGAAUUCACUGCCAACCUUCGGGAGCGCUGUGUUCCUAACUUGCCUCCCCAGCCUCAGCACAAAACCCCUGCCUACGUCGAAUCCAGGUCGACUGAGCUGGAGCACAUGGUGCUGUCACCUGCAAUUGUGGAGUGCGAGCAAGAGCCGAGCUCCAAUGAUUUUGACGAGACUUCUGCAGGAAAUUCACAGGAGGAAGCUCCCGAAAAGAAGCCCAGCUAUUUAAACCUGGCUUGCUGCGUCAACGGUUAUUCCAACCUUACCACCUACGACUCCAAGAUUCGGCAGGACAUAAACAAGUCACGUGAGGUUUCCCCGAUUCGUCCCUCCACCAGCAGUCUACAGUACUGCAAACGCAACCACUUUCUAGCGACUCCAACUCUGCACAGCAUGCCUUCUCCGGCCACCAAGUGCAAACCCAUCGAGCCUAACAACAACAGCAACGACAGUAGCGGGAAUUUCAAUUCGGGUUCUGGUCACAGCAAUGGAAAUGGCAGUUUCAUCAAGCAACGGGUGGAGCGACUUUACGGGCCGGGUGCAUUAGCACAGGGUUUCUACAGCCCCAAAAAGCACGGUCAGUCACCAUCGAAUGCUGCAGGGCGAUCGGAAAGGGGUCAUGUGGAGAUCGACUCUCUACAAGGCUCCGAACUGGCUCGGAAAUUCAAGCAGCUCUCCCCCAGUAAAGACUACGGAGAGUUCCGAAAAAAACUGCAAAAGAAAUGCUCUCAGAGUACAACGGCGAGGAUAGACGAGUCGUUGCAUUCUCCAGGGCUAAAUGGAGAUCUGGACCUGCCCGUUUUUAGGCACCUCAGUCAAGAGUUCCGCGCCCAGUUGCCUACUGUGUCACCAAAAAGGAGUGCUCCUCGAUCUUGCAUGGCUCCUGACGUACUGCUUGUAGAUAACGAGUCAAGUCCAGACCAUGGUCCCACGGACGAAGUAGACCACGAAUCCACAAAAAUGGCCAAACUAGCCUCAGAGGAAUACAUCAGUACUUCCAAUAUUUCUGUUGAAGCUGUUGUUAAGGACGGAAAUUUCUUUCUGAAAAUACUAAAAGAGGAACAAGCCCGUCUGUUGGUGCUAGCCGCUCUUGCUGAAAAAUAUGCAGACGCCUUGUCGACAAAUCCAGAUAUCUCCGAAGAUACCUUUGGGCUACUGCGAUCAGCGUCGGGUAAGGCCCGUCUCUUGGUAUCGCAGAAAAUGAAACAAUUCGAGGGUCUUUGCCACAAUAAUCUCAAUCGCUCACCAGAGGAUAAGUUUCCAACAACUCUGGAUGACUUACAAGGAUUCUGGGACAUGGUUUAUUUGCAAGUGGAGCACGUGGAUUCUAUUUUUGCUGAUAUAGAGCAACUCAAAAGUAACGACUGGAAGGCAAAAACACAGUCCGUGGCUGACCAACCCGAUUUGGGCACCAUACCAACUAAGAUUAAGGCAACAAAGUCGUCGAAAGUCGGUGUUUCGCAAGUGAAACCAGUCGGAAAGGCAUCCAGCGUUCGUGUGAAUGGCUCGGCACCUCCCCCACCUAACUCGGCAGCAGCUUUAAAGAGGGAGGCCCAGAGAAAACUGCUUCUAGAGAUGAAACGUCAGCGUCGCGAGGCUAUGACCGCAGCGGCCAAAUUGAAUCCCUUAGAUGGUGAUGGCGCCUCCGACGUACCGGGAAUAAUUGGCGAUAGUUGUGCUAAUCCUAGCGUUAGCAACGGAAGUUAAAUAAUGCUCACUGCAAAUAGCACUCAUGCUUUCUAUUUAUACAUAUAUUUUUAACUAACACACGUGUACCCCACAAAGGCAUGCUUAAAUUUAUAGAUAUUUCUAGUUGAAUUAAUCAUUUACUAGUCCCAACUAAAAUUAUUGUGUUGGAGCUCCUUACUGAAAUCUGUCACAAGGUCAAACAUCUAGGAGAUAACGAAGUAUUGUCAACAAUCGCGACUUACCUAAAGUUGUUCAUAAAUAUUGCCUUAUCCGCGAAAGAUUUCGCUAAUUAAUCAAUUUGCUGUGCACAUUAUGUAAUUGAAAAUUAUAAUUACUUGAUUACAUAUAAAAAAGACAUUUAAUCACGUUUAACAUUAUUUAAGUAUAUUAAAAACCAACAAAAUCUUUGUAUAACAUAA